GACAUUCUCUCUAUCCGUGUGCCUCGCAGGUGUCGCUGGCGGCGGCCGACGGCGACAUGUGGCCGCUGGAGCGGCCGGUGGGGAUGCCGGCCAUCCAGGCGCUCGAGGUCAUGUGCGGCAAGGACCACAUGGACGUGCACCUCACCUUCACGCAGCCCUUCGACGGCCUCGUCUCCUCAAAGGGCCAGUACGGCGACCCGCGGUGCGUGUACGUUCCGCCGUCCACGGGCAAGGCCUCCUUCUCCUUCCGCAUCGCCUACUCGCACUGCGGCACUAAGCCCGACCUGCACGGCCAGUUCUACGAGAACACGGUCGUCGUGCAGUACGACAAGGACCUGCUCGAGGUCUGGGACGAGGCCAAGCGGCUGCGCUGCGAGUGGUACAACGACUACGAGAAGACAGCCUCCAAGCCGCCCAUGGUCAUCGCCGACCUCGAUGUCAUUCAGCUCGACUUCAGAGGUGACAACGUGGACUGCUGGAUGGAGAUCCAGCACGGCAAAGGCCCAUGGGCGCCGCCAGUGUCCGGCAUCGUGCCCCUCGGCUCUACGCUCACCCUGGUCGUGGCCAUCAACGACUACAGAGGGGAGUUCGACAUGCGGGUCAAGUCGUGCGCGGCCUCCGACGGCGGCGGCCACGUCAUCCAGCUGUCGGACGAGCACGGCUGCGUGCUCCGGCCCAAGAUGAUCUCCCGCUUCCUCAAGGCGCGCACGGCGGACGAGCGCGCCUCCGUUGUCACCUACGCCUUCUUCCACGCCUUCAAGUUCCCGGACGCCUUGUCCGUGCACAUCAAGUGCAAGGUGGAGAUCUGUCGGCACGGCUGCCUCGAUCACUGCCAGCAGGCGGGCCUGGGUCACGGGGCGGGCCAGGGCCACGACCACGGCCUGGGUCAGGACCACGGCCUGGGUCAAGAUCACGGCCUGGGUCACGACCACGGCCUUGGCGGCCACGACUCGGCCGAUAGCCUACUCGGCGGCCUCGGCGGGGGCCUUGGUGCGGGCCUCGGGCACGAGUCAGGCUUGUACGGCCCCCUGGAGCGGAAGGACCAGCCCACCGCCGCGGUCCCGACGGCGUCGCAGCCGCGGCCCGUGUACACGCAGGGCGGGCCCACCAUCAGGACGCCCGCGACCAGCGCGGAGAACGGCGGCGACCUCUUCGGCGACCUAAUCUACGACGAGCUGGUCCAGAUGAACGACGAGGGUGGGGAGCUAGCCGGCGGCGAGCGCGACACGCCCACGGCAGCGGCCCACAAGGCACCCCGCCCGGCCAGGCCACACAAGCCCUCGGGGCCCUCCGGACCGGCGGACCUGCUCAACGACAUGCACCACGACGUGCUCCCCAGGCCCUUCCAGGAGCCACCAUCGCGGCCGUCACCGAAGCGGGAAGGUGCGCCGGCGCACCCCCAAGAGCGCUUCCCCCACGGGCCCCGGCACCUGGACACGGACGACCUCCCCGUCAGCAGGGAGGCGAGGAGCGCAGUCGACAACAGCAGCGACAACGGCAGCAACGCGCCGAGGCCGCCGCCCCAGCGCCGGCGGAGGUCCGUGGCCGUGUCCGACCGGCACACGCGCAGCGCCGACGUGGGCGUCAGCGGGCUGUACGAGGUCAUCAGCGAGGCGGACCUCGCCUUCACGCCCGACUCCAAGGCCGAGUCCGUGAUCGUGUUCCAGGGCCGCAUUCGGGAGGAGGUCGUAUACGGUAUCUGCCUGCCAGUGCAGGGCUUUAGCGUGCUCUUCGUGCUGGUGGCCGUCUCCGCGGUGGUGUCGGCCCUGGUGGCCGGCUCGCUGCUCUACCGCUACCAGGUACAGCGUGAGACGCAGCAGAUCCUACAGCAGCAGCAACAGCAACAACAGCAGCACCAACAGCAACGGCAGCAGGGCCAGCAGCGGCAGCCGCACCCCCACCAGCAGCUCAGCAUGCACGCGCUGGCCACCUGGAUGUCUAUGCGGUUUCUAGGGGGGCGCGCCGACCCAUCGGGCAGAGACGGUGCCGCGACACGCAAGAGCCAGGACGGCGAGGUGAAGAGCUCGCGCUUCUAACUCACAUUAUAGUGACCGAGUCCCUCUCCCCUCUCCACUGUUAGUCGACGAAGCGAGCGGUUUUUGUUUUACUGGCGGAAAGGGGGCAGCAGCUGACAUGGAGAGUAGUACACUCCCCUCCCCCACGUGCGCGCACGUCCUCGUCAUUCCCCCCUUCCCUGGUCCACUCUUUUCCCCCCAUCUCUUCUCCUUUCACACCUCCCUUAUUUUCUCGCGCGGAUGCGCUCAGGUCGGAAUCUAAGUCAUACAAGAGAGGCUUUCAUAGUGAAGUGUACAAAGAGUAUAGUAUCAACUCAAGCUGGCAAUGACGGUGCCUGUAGAUUCUGAGAGAACCAAAAACAUAAAUAA